AUGACGCUUGGACGGACCGGUCGCGGCAAUUUGCCGCUUCGUGGCCGAUCGCGACGCUACGGGCUCGUCAUUUCUCGGGACACGUCAGAGCUCGGUGUGCGCCAUCGUCACGGAUGGUUGAGUGGAGCGCCGUGA